UUCUUCAGGCGGGAAAUUCUGCGAGAAAUCCUAUGUCCGUGCCACAUCUACAACUUGAGUGAUUUGCUUAGACUCAAGACCACCACUACACUUAUGGGGCACUGAAAGACGGGAAACAUCUGAGCACCAAAGGUGACACUGAUCGGUCAAGAUGGCUGUUUCGUGGGGAUCAGAUAACGAGCCGGUGCAUACUAUGGGUUACCGUAUUAAUACCCGCUAUCAUCACGUGAGAGAUUCAGAAGUUGACCGACCGUUUCGGAGUUAAAGACCUGUCCUGCGAUUGGAACGAAACCUCAACAGGCACAAUUCAUCUGUCCUGCCGCCAGAUAUGCCAAAUACAAAGAGACGCAGGCAUACAGAGCCUGGGUACUCGGAUGAUGAAGUCCCAGUCGUGGCGAACCCUGACUCACAAGGAUUUGGUUUAGGUCAGACUCUGUCGCUGCUGCAAAAGUCGGAGGAAUCCUCGCCUGACAACAGCAGUACUUCUGCUACCGAAUUGCCAAUUGCCGUUUGCGAGAAAAAGACACACGAUGCUGAGGCUACAUCAGGCAAUCAACGACCUGCGAAGAAGAAGCGAUUGAACGGCGAGAAGGUUAAAUAUCCCACCCUCACUUAUGUUGAAGGCCGACAGCUGCAGUCCUCUAUCCGCAUCGCCGACCUCCAGAAUUUGCUGCUGUUCUGCUUCGCAGAUGGCAUUGCACCACAAUGGAUAGCUGUUAAGAAUAGCACUCGUAUCCGGAAGGCAGUAUUCUUGAUGGUUCCUGGUUUAGAGCUAGGGAUGCUUGAUGGAACAGUUCCUUUGGAUGCAUCGCAAGUGAAAAAGGGCACUGAAGAUAAGCCGGCCGAUGAUGGCACUGAUUUAAGGGCGGCUGAGUUUGCAAGAUGGAAAGAAGGUCUGCCACCUGAGGACCGGUCUCACUUGUUCAGCCCCCGUCCUCUAUCCACCAGUACCGUCCCUGAACCUUUACAGCCUUUAGCCAACAUCUUUUCUCACGCCUGGCCAAUUCGGGCACCUGGAGACUCAAAGUAUAACAAAGUUCACUCGCCUUUGCAGGCCGUUCUUAUGACCCCUCUACCUAAAAACAAAGACAAAAAUGGGAAAGGCGCGAAACCGCCUCGAGUCGACAAAAACCAUACACCCAAGCGAACCGCUAUUACAACGUUCAUAAGCCUGGUUGGGGAACUACGAGAGAAUGAUUAUCCUCUACACCCCGCACUUUCUGUAUCAGAAAGCGAGAAGUUGAUUUUGGACGAGACUCGGAAACGAGCCGGCCAGUCUACGGAAGAUGGGUGGGUAGACACUCAUGUAGAAAGCAUCGAAGCUGGCAUUAUUCCUGAAGCUGAGAUUCAGCAAGGGAGUAUGACGGCAGGACGCGACAUACUUGCCUUGGAUUGUGAGAUGUGCAUCACUGAAGGCGGUAAUUCAGAGCUCACCCGCAUCAGCUUGGUCCGGUGGGACGGCGAUGUUGUCCUAGACGAGCUUGUAAAACCAAAAUUGCCUGUGAUUGACUAUUUAACCCGGUUCUCAGGAAUCACUCAGGAGAUGUUAGACCCCGUCACUACCACGCUCGCGGACAUCCAGCAAAAGCUACUUUCCAUAAUCACUGCUCGCACGAUCCUUGUCGGCCACUCGCUGAACUCAGACCUAAACGCCCUGAAACUCACCCAUCCCUUCAUUGUCGACACCACAUUCUUAUACCCUCACCCUCGUGGCCCCCCACUCAGAGCAAGUCUGAAAUGGCUUACCCAGAAAUACCUGGGCAAGGAAAUCCAAAAGGGCACAACAGGCCAUGAUUCCAUCGAAGAUGCCCGUGCCGUCCUCGAGCUCGUCAAACAAAAAUGCGAAAAAGGUGAACAGUGGGGCACAAGUGACGCUUCCAACGAGAGUAUCUUCAAACGUCUAGGUCGGCAUACACCUUCUGGGAAGGCAGAUGCCACCACGACGGGUCGCACAGGCGCGGUCGUUGAUUGGGGCAGCCCCGAGCGUGGCCUGGGGUCGCAGGCCACCGCCUCGAUUGGAUGCGGUGAUGAUGAUGCCGUGGUAAAAGGCAUCUCCGCUGCCGUAAAUGGAGAUGAGGAUAACUCGUCUAUACCCGGCGAUGGGGUUGAUUUCACCUGGGCUCGCAUGCGUGAACUUGAAAUCUACCGGGGAUGGUGCAACCGGAUUCCGGACCCAAAGAAUGCCAAUGAAUCAACAACUAUCAACGAGGAAACAGACUCCCCGUCAAAGACGCUAUCCAGCGUCGUCUCUCGGACAGUCUCCCGGAUCAAUGAGGUCUAUGACUCUCUUCCAGCUUUCACGCUUUUUGUUGUGUACUCCGGAACUGGUGAUCCUCGGGAGGUGAGCCGUUUACAAGCAAUGCAAAAGCUUUUCCGUGACGAGUAUCAGUCGAAAAAGCCGUGGGAUGAGCUGACCGUCAAAUGGACGGAUACUGAAGAACAGGCUCUGAAGAAGGCUUGUGAACGUGCUAGAGAGGGGUGUGGGUUUAUGUGUGUGAAGUAGUUGGUUGAAUAAACCAUUGGAUGGUUUAAUUCAUGUUGUACAUGCUCUAUCUACCUUACUAUAUUGGAUACAUGUUAGAGAUACCCAAUGAAGCACCGCAAUAUUAAUAAACAGCGUGCUGGACUUUUUGUUAAAAAAGUUUUUACCCAAAUUCCGAAGCAUGGCCGAGACUAGCCGAACUGCAUAUUUCAAAUAGUUAUACAUCGUAAUAGAAGUGAACGUGGUAGGUAUAUUGGUACAUUUUCUCGAAAACCAAAGUGCUAUCGGAUAUCCCCGGUAUCCAUAGCUUCUUCGCGCUGCAUGGCUAGCUUUGCCAAGUUAUCUCGCGUUGCGGUCUGCGUCUUACGUUUCUCGUUCAUUUCAACCCUGGACACUUUCCCACCAUUAUGUUGUGAUUCAUGGACUUCGACAUGAGGGUUUUCUUUGUCUAGUUCGACCGUGGGCUGGUUUCUGCUGUCCGUUGAAGUG